AUGGCUAUCCUCCUGGUCUUUGUAUAUGCACUCCUCUGCAACCCCACCAUUGUCGUCUCCGAGCCUUCCUCCACCACCUUCACCCCGCAAGACAACAUCCUCAUUGCAUGUGGUGCCAAAGAUCCCCCCAAGCUACCCGAUGGAAGGGUCUUCAAGACGGAUGCACAAGCCAAUCAAUAUUUGAAAGCAAAUAAUGAUAACAAGGUGUCUGAUGAAAAGGCAGAUGUGCCUUCUCCUCUUUUCACCUCGGCUAGGAUUUUCACAAGUGAAGCCACUUAUACGUUCCACAUGGGAAGGCCUGGGUGGCAUUUUGUUCGCCUCUAUUUCUUCCCCAUUCAGAACUCUGUGUCUGAUCUUCAGAAGGCAACCUUCAAUGUCAUGACAGAUAAAUACACUUUGCUCCAUAGUUUCAAUUUCAAUGAGGCCGCUAAAAACAACACCCACAAAACUCUUUUCAAUGAGUACCUUCUCAACGUGACCGAGCAACAAUUCUCCAUCAAGUUCUCUCCUGAGAAGAACUCCGCGGCAUUCAUCAAUGCAAUCGAGGUGGUUUCAGCUCCGGAUUAUCUCAUCGGGGACACGGGUAACAACCUUCAACCAUUGAACCAGUUCCAAGGAUUGUCCAACUUUGGAUAUCAAACUAUGUAUAGGGUAAACAUGGGAGGACCCUUGGUGACCUCGGUCAAUGACACAUUAGGACGAGAGUGGAUACCUGACGAACAAUUCAUCAAGUCCAAGAACAUGGCCAAAGUUGCCAAGGUUGAAAGUAAAGCUAUCAAGUAUCCUCAAGGGCUGACACCCCAAAUAGCUCCACCAUCAGUUUAUUCAACCGCUGCGGAAAUGGCAGAUGAAGGUAAUCAAAAGUUCAAUGUAACAUGGACCUUUCCGGCUGAAAAUGCAUAUGGUUACUUGAUCAGGUUGCAUUUCUGUGACAUUGUGAGCAAAACACUUGGUACCCUUUUCUUCAAUGUCUACAUUAAUGGAAACGUGGCCAUAAGUGAAUUGGAUUUGUCAGCAACCGUGAAUGGUUUGGCAAUUCCAUUCUACAAGGACAUUGUGGUCAACUCUUCAUUGAUAAACAACGAUGGAGUCACUGUCCAAAUCGGUCCGUCUAAAUUGCAGAAUGGUGUUCAAGAUGCUAUUCUAAAUGGUGUAGAGGUCAUGAGAAUGAGCAAUUCUGUUAAUAGUUUGGAUGGAGAGUUUGGAGUCGAUGGAAAAGAGGCAAACCCAAGUAGCGGAGGUGGGGUUCACAAGGGAGCGGUGGCUGCAGUCGGAUUUGGUUUGAUGUUUGGAGCCUUCAUAGGCCUUGGGGCAAUGGUGUACAAAUGGAAGAAGAGACCUCAAGAUUGGCAGAAAAGGAACAGCUUCUCUUCUUGGUUACUGCCUGUACAUGCUGGAGACACCAGCUUUAUGUCAAGCAAGAACUCUGUGGGAAAGAACAUGUACUCUUCCACUAUGGGUCUUGGCCGAUUCUUCUCUUUCGCAGAGUUACAGGAAGCUACCAACAAUUUUGACUCGAGCAAAAUCAUUGGUGUUGGUGGAUUUGGCAAUGUGUAUAUUGGUGUGAUUGAUGAUGGGACUAGUGUUGCGGUCAAGAGAGGAAACCCUCAAUCUGAACAGGGGAUUACGGAGUUCCAAACAGAAAUCCAAAUGUUGUCGAAGCUCAGGCACAGACAUCUGGUCUCUUUAAUUGGCUAUUGUGAUGAAAACGAAGAGAUGAUCUUGGUUUAUGAGUUCAUGUCAAAUGGACCAUUCAGAGAUCAUCUGUAUGGUAAGGACUUGCCACCAUUGUCAUGGAAACAAAGAUUGGAGAUAUGCAUCGGCGCUGCUCGUGGGCUUCACUACCUUCAUACGGGAACAGCACAAGGCAUCAUCCACCGCGAUGUUAAGACAACAAACAUCCUUCUCGAUGAUCAGUUCACCGCUAAGGUUGCUGAUUUCGGGCUAUCUAAAGAUGCGCCAAUGGGACAGAACCAUGUGAGUACCGCUGUGAAGGGAAGCUUUGGGUACUUAGAUCCUGAGUACUUUAGGAGACAGCAAUUGACAGACAAAUCCGAUGUCUACUCAUUCGGAGUUGUCAUGCUCGAGGCAUUGUGCGCUAGGCCUGCUAUCAAUCCAGCACUUCCAAGAGAGCAAGUCAACUUGGCCGAUUGGGGAAUGCAGUGGAAGAGGAAGGGCUUGUUGGAAAAGAUAGUGGACCCUCUACUCAUCGGAACCAUCAACCCUGAAUCCAUGAAGAAGUUUGGUGAGGCUGCCGAGAAGUGCUUACUAGAGCAUGGUGUGGAUAGGCCUACAAUGGGAGAUGUGCUGUGGAACUUGGAGUAUGCCCUGCAACUUCAAGAGGCGUUCACAGAAGCAAAGGGUGAAGAUGAUAGCGUUACCGUCAACGCUCCUGCUGAUGCUGCAGCUGCCUCUCUAGCUGAUGCUGAUGCUGCUGCUUCUACUGCCGCAGCCUCGGUACCUCACCCAGCUUCUAUCUUAGAGGAGGAAGAAGCUCCCCCUGCAGAACAGACAGUAAAUGACCAAUCUGGAACAGCUAUGUUUGCUCAAUUUUCUAACCUCAAUGGUAGGUGAAGUUUGAAAUUCUAGUCCCGUAUU